AAGGCGGGCAUAUUUCAAACAACAGCGGGCGGGCGCGGAAACAAAACCGGAGAAAAGAAAAAAAGAGUGUCGGAUUUUUUUUUUCGAAAUUCAGAAAAGAAAAAUAAGUCCGCUGAUAAGCCCCACAAAUACAUGUUGAUAUUUUCGGCAAAAAAAAAGGAGAAAAAUCAAAAGAAUAUAAUAAAUAAAAACAAAAUAUAUCAACAUAUCCACUAAAUAUGUAAAACUGUUCUGUUCGAAGCCCGAUCGAAAUGUGUGGCGGCAGCUAAGCCAGAAACAAAUCAGUUAACGUGACAAUCAAAUGAUUAAUUAGCCAAAAGGUGAAACAGUGAAUUCUAUGUGAAACGAUAAGCUGAUUGGAUUUACGGACACAGCCAGAAGAAAAUUGAAAAAUUGUAAAACUAUUGAAGUAGAGCCAGUGCCAAGGAAACCCAAAAAGAAAUUCGAAUAAAAUACAAAAUUUGUCGCUGUCGCUGUCGCAAGUGCAAUAUAAAUAUAAUCGGAAUAAUAAUUGUACAUAACAUAAAGUGCAGCGGUAAAAAAUUCCAAGAAAUAAAAUAACAUAAAAUAAGGUGUAUUGAGAAUUGCCGCUCGGAUUCGAUUGCAUUUUUUUUGCGGUGUGGAAAUUUUUGUUGACGCCGCGCUUCGGCCCCGAGGAAUCAUAUGAAGCUUGAUUUCCGCUCGGAGUCUUGUUCGCCGACCACAGCAGAAAGCCCCAGACCGAGACCCAGACCCAGCCCCAGCCCCAUGUACGACUGCCGACGAUCUUACGCACAAACCCAUGUUGGAUUAUAAUUUAUACCCUUAAAUUUGGGGGCUACAAUGCGGCCAGAAAUAUACAAUGUUACUACAGUUCACGCUGCCCAAUGUCAGGACUAUUUUUAUACUGAUGGUAAUGCUUGCUCUUGUGAUCAAAACAGGCGCAAAGAAAACGGACGAAUAUGUUUUAACGUUGAAGAAACACAACGAUCGUGCGCUGCACAUCAACGCGCACGGCAAAGUGACCGCCGAGGACAUAUCGCUGGCACAAUCCUUCACGAUGGACAGUGUGGGCGAUGCACUGAGCGUGGACUUCAAAAUCACCAUCUAUGCCAAGGAUGUGGACUACUAUCUGUGCUUUCAUCAAGGCAGACUUGUUGGAAAGAGAAACGCCACAAACGACUGCCACUUCAGGGAGUCACUGGAUCACGGCUACUAUCAGUUCACGCACGCCUACAAUCCGGUGCUGCAUGUGGGGAUCAAGCGGAACUUUAGGCCCAUCGGUCCGCGGGACCUGGAGCGCCCGAAUCGGAUGCGCAAUGCCUGUUUCCUGUUCUUCCGCUCGGAGGCGGAGCAUUUCCGCAGCAAUAUGGCGCUGUUGGGUCCCAGGAAACACAAGUUUUCCAGCAAAACCACUAAAACGACGACCACGUCGACAACGACAACAACCACGCCCAGUACUACAACCAGCAGCACCACAGCCAGACCCACAACAGCCCCCACAACCACCCCCACAACCCCACACACAACCACAACCACAAUGUUGAGCCCAGUGCCAGUGUCGGGCACGAAACGCGUGCGUGGAAGGCCGCGUCGCCCAGCAGCAACCAGUAUUACUAGCGAUAGUUCUUCUAUAGCCCACAACAGCCACAACAGCAAUAGCCUUAAGUCCUACAACCAAGCCAAUAGCAACAACAACAACAACAACAACAAGAAAGACAACCACUUGGAUGACAUGUUGCAGGAGCAAAAAAUCAUCAAGCGAAACUGGGAACGACGCCAGCACCGCCAGCAGCAGCAGCAGCAGCACCGCCUACGGCAGCGGCAGCACCACAGCGGCGCCACAGUGGGGGCCAUGCAACAGCCGCAGCCGAAGAACCUGGAGGUGCGCCACCAUCACAACAACGCCACCCUCAUGGAGCGGCGACGACGCCGCCGGCUGGAGCGGCGCCGCCACAAGCAGCAGCAGCAGCAGUGGGAGCAGGAGCAGGAGCAGCGCGACACCGAGCACCUGCCCAAGGCCACGUCGUCCGCCUCCUCCUCGUCGACGGCCACCACAACGGCCCUGACGGCCACAGCUGCCUCGCUGGCCCCCUCCGCUUUCAAUCUGGUGGCCAUCCUGGCGGCCAGCAGUCGUAAGCGGGACAGGCGGAAAAGGUCUGCCGCUGCAGCUGCCGCUGCCACGGGAUCAGCGGGAUCAGCGGGUUCUGGUGCGGCCACAAGGGCGGAUAUGCAGCUGGUGGAGAUGGCUUCGCAGCGUCAGCAGCAGCAGGAGCAGGAGGAGGAGCGGGAGCGGGAGCGGGAGGAGCGGGAGGAGCGGGAGCGGGAGCAACAAAACGAAUACUCAACAUCCUAUGUUAAUAGAAACCUAGAAACCCUAAGCCCAGAGCAAACCCUGCAGCUACCACCACACCUAAACGUAAGCCGUAAUCUAAACGUAGAUCUUAGUCUAUAUCUAAAUAGUGAUAGCGAUAAUGUUAAUAAUGCAAUACCUGCCUUGCCAAAAAACUACAACUACAACUACUUGUACAGUAACGAGCAUUAUAAUAUGAAUACUAAAAGUAGCACGACUGAUUCUAGUAGCUUAGAGACUAGCACUAAGUUCGAUAGUCCAAAUAGCCAUAGCCAUAGCCAUAGCCAUAGCCAUAGCCAUAGCCAUAGCCAGAGCGCGUUCAAUCAGAAUAUUGACAAUAAUCUUAAGCAAUCCAACGAUCGAAUUGACAGUGUGGCAGAUGAAGCCGCAACGAAAGCAGAGCCAGGGGCAACAGCGGAAGCGGAAACAGUUAUCGAAACUGUGGCGGAGAAUCGCAAUCAUAUUGAUGCUAAUAAUAUAAUCGACGAUGGCUCUCCCAUCGAGGAGGAGCACGAAAAACAUAUUCUAAAGAAGCUUUUUCGUAGCCUAAACCUGCCACAGCCGCAGCCGCAGCAGCAGCAGCAGCCUCAGCAACAACAACCUAAUAUUGAUAACUAUAAUGCAAAUAUUAACGUUGUUAACGAUAACGAUAACGAUAACGAUAACGGGCUGCUGAUCAAUAAUAACCAUAAUAGUAAUUAUAACGAGCAAUUUGCGAAUGACGAUGAAACGAUACGAAUUCAAAAUAAUAAAUAUGAAACACAUAUAGUACAAUACAAACCUGUGGUAUUUAUUUCGAAAAGAAACCCCACCUGUUUCCCCCCUAUCAAAGAUACAGCCAGCUGCUAGUGGAAAAGACUUUC